AGCAGCAGCAGUUAGCAGGAGGCUAACGAGCGGAAGCUAACGUGAUGUCUACAGCCUCCAAGCUGGCGCUCGGUGUCUCUGUGGUUCUGACGCUCAGCACCGUGGCCGCCGUUCACCUCAACCAGGCCUGGGACCGACAGCGGCUCCACGAAGGUGUCGUCAGGGACCUGGAGCGCUGGGAGAGGAAGAAGGAGAAUCUGAGGAGGUUGGAGGAGCAGAAGAAUCUGAGCAGACGCCUGAAGGAGGAGAGAGACAGAGCCCCGCCCACAGGAGCAGCACUGAGCCAGAUCACGUGACGUGAAAACACGGCGGGAGCGAGUCAGACAGAUGUUCUCCAGCUGCAGAGCCGCCUCUGUGACGUCACAACUCUGCCCUGAUUGGCAGAUCACGUCACAGGAUCAGGACUCAGUCCGACCGAGUCCACCUCGAACAC